UUAAGUUUUAUUAAAAUAGUGAACUGUCAUCAUUUUCACUGAUAUAUGUAAGGCAUGUGUGUAUAUAUGUGAUGAUGGUUUUUAUCUAUAAACAGACCGGCAAAUUACCGUAUUAUCAAUAUACUUUCCAAGUGCUAAAAUGAAAUUCAAAGCUCUCAAAGCAAAAUUUUAUCAACAAUUUUGUUCAAUUUAUUUUAAUAAAGUUUAGUUGGGAUUCAUAUUUUGGAAAGACAAGAAUUGGACUAAGUUGUCUGCUGAUUUGCACACAAAAUUGUUUUAUUUGACUUUCAGAGAUAAAAAACUUUUAAAAUUAAAAACAAUUUCUUGUUUGAAAUGAGUGUCAACGGUGGAAUUAUCAUUUGUGAUGGCGAAUUGGAAAUUGUGAGAAUCACAGAGGACCUUUAUGAUAAAACAUUAAAUUUAUUUCAAAACUCAUUCAUGAAAUAUGAAAAUGUUAGUAUUGCAACUAAUUUGUGUGGAAGUCAACAGACUAUGGAUGAAAUGGAAAUAUUACUAAAAUCAAUUUUAAAGGAUGGUGUUUCGUUUUGCGCUAUACAUCGUGAAACCAAGGAGGUAGUAGCAAUGGCUGCUAAUAAAUUUAUAUGCCCUUCAGCAAAUAUUGGUCUUGAUGAUGUUUUGGAAUCAUUCAAAAGUAAAGAAAUGCGUUGGGUCUCCAAUUAUUUAUGUACCAUGGAAACUACUUUUGAUCUGUUCAAGGAAUGGAAUGUCGAUUGCGUUGUAGAAAUCGUAUUCCUUUCCACACAUAUUAACUUUGGAAAGAGAGGGUUGGCAGCUACAAUUUCUAAAUAUUCAAUUGACUUUUUCAAACAAUUAGGUAAUUGUACAUUAACGGAUGUCAAUUCGUUACCGGCUCAUGUUCGGUCACUUAAGCCAGAAGCAAUAUCGUCAACUUUUACAUCAAAAUUUUCACAGAAAGUUGGUGAAAAACUGGGAUUUACUACAGUUUAUAAAGUUGCCAACAAAGAUUUUGUUUAUGAGGGAAAAACCUAUGCUGAACUGAUUGAUCCAAUUCAUGAAUUUUCUACUUUCGCAGCUAUUCGACUGUGAUAAAUUGAUUUUGAAUUAAUAUUUAAUAUAAGAAAUUAUAUAUGUA